UGCCCUUAUGUUCGUUGAAAGGGACCCUUAGCAAAGGAAGAGCCCUUCCUGAAGGAGGGCGGCCCGUUUUGGGGUCCUUGCUAGUGCUGCUGUGAAACCGCCCCCCCCCCCCCGCUCCCAGGGAUCUUGUGGAUCUCUUUUGCAGGGCUUGUCUUGGGAGAGCUUUUAAAAGAGAGAUGUAGAAAGGUGUAGAGGCCUAACCUUUGGGAUUUGGAUCUGUGAUUACCCCCAUUAUAAGGGAGGAUUGUCCCCUGCACACACACAUACAUACUACUUCCUCCUUGUUCUUGCUGCUGUUUUAUUGACCUUACGCCAGGGAAAUGUCGGAACUGAGGCAGCGAGGAGGUGGGGGAGAUCACGAUGCUGAAAACAUCAUUGACAAGGAUGUGGAAGGAGAUGAAAGAUUUGGAGAACUGGACCUCAGAAAUGAUUCAGAAGUUCCUGAAGUUGUUCCACCAAAGGACAGCACUCCAGAAAUUUUUAAAAAGGCCCUUUCUGGCUUAUCUUCCAGAUGGAAGAAUUGGUGGAUUCGUGGAAUUUUAACUUUAGCUAUGAUUUCAUUUUUCUUCCUGAUCAUAUACAUGGGAUCAUUCAUGCUCAUGUUGCUUGUAUUGAGCAUACAAGUAAAAUGUUUCCAUGAAAUAAUCACUAUAGGUUACAGAGUCUAUCGUUCUUAUGACUUGCCAUGGUUUAGAACACUAAGCUGGUAUUUUUUGCUGUGUGUGAACUACUUCUUUUAUGGAGAGACCGUAGCAGAUUACUUUGCCACAUUUGUUCAGAGACGAGAGCAACUUCAAUUCCUAAUUCGAUAUCAUCGAUUUAUAUCUUUUACACUUUAUCUGGCAGGUUUCUGUAUGUUUGUAUUGAGUUUGGUGAAGAGGCAGUAUCGUCUGCAGUUUUACAUGUUCGCAUGGACUCAUGUCACUUUGCUGAUCACUGUAACUCAAUCCCAUCUUGUCAUCCAAAAUCUGUUUGAAGGCAUGAUCUGGUUUCUUGUUCCAAUCUCAAGUGUUAUUUGCAAUGAUAUUGCUGCUUAUAUCUUUGGAUUCUUCUUUGGUAGAACUCCAUUAAUUAAGCUGUCUCCAAAAAAAACCUGGGAAGGCUUCAUUGGCGGCUUCUUUACCACAGUUGUGUUCGGAUUUAUUGCUGCCUACCUUUUGGCUCAGUAUCAGUAUUUUGUAUGUCCUGUGGAAUACAACAGUGAAACUAACAGAUUUGACACAGAGUGUGAGCCAUCAGAACUAUUCCAGUUGCAGAAAUACUCCAUACCGACAUUACUACAAGUCGUGUUGGGAAGGGAAACAGUGACUAUGUACCCAUUCCAGAUGCACAGCAUCGCUUUGUCAACAUUUGCAUCCUUAAUUGGACCGUUUGGAGGCUUUUUUGCUAGUGGAUUUAAAAGGGCUUUCAAAAUCAAGGAUUUUGCUGACACUAUUCCUGGACAUGGUGGAAUAAUGGAUCGUUUUGAUUGUCAGUACUUGAUGGCUACUUUUGUUCAUGUCUAUAUCACCAGUUUCAUAAGAGGACCCAAUCCCAGCAAACUACUGAAACAGCUGUUGGUGCUCCAGCCAGAGCAGCAAUUAAAUGUUUAUAAAACUCUGAAGUCGCAUCUGAUUGAAAAGGGGAUCCUUCAGCCAUCACUGAGGGGAUAGGAGGACCAAACUGUGGACUACAAAGAGAAGCACAGCUGCUGGAAAUGCAGUUUUGCUUGUACAGCGCAAGGUGCAUCGGACCGAAGCCAGACUGUGUGUCUGAAGAUAUGAAUGUCUGUUUACUGAGUUUACUGUGAAUACCCGGGAGGCCAUGCGAGAUUUAAGUUCCUUUUAAACUAUUGCAUGUUUUUGCUGUCUAGUUUCUUGGGUUGAUGGAAUGAGGCUUCUCCCUUGGUUCCUAGCUUCAUCGUUUUUUUUUACAAGUAACUAUACAUUUUUAAACAAUGAUGUGCACACUCCCUCUAGAGUAAACAAUUAAAGGAAUACUUGUGAGUGUGCAAUUUAUAAAAAAAACCCUCAUUUUUGUGCAAUGAGAUGACUCCAGAUCAAUUAAUGACACUUUAUAGUACUGUGUUGGUAUCUGUUUUAGCUGACAGUAUGACUAAGUAAUAACCAAAUGGCAAUAGAGGUUGUUUUAUCCUGUUAUAAUACUUCAAAAUAAAUAAAUAAAUAAAUAGGAAAGAAGUGUGUAAUGGGAAAACUCCUAGGGUAAAUGUGUGUCUUCGCUGGAUACCUCAGGUAGAAAUGAAUUGGUACUUGUAAAAGGGAAAUGCCUUUUGGUGGUGGGGGGCGAGCAGAGGGGGUUCUUCCUGGUAGCAUCAUAAAGACCUUUUUAAAGCACAGACCUCUACUUGAGUUGCAGGCCUCCUUUUUACCAGGAAGUUCCAUUCAGGGCUGUUAAGCACCAAGAACUGGUGGCUUUUUGAAAUGUGCUCAUCUGUGCCUCAAUGUUCGGAUGUGUUAAAUGGAAACUCUUUCCUUUAUGGUAAGUGCAAUAUGAGUGUUAGCUCAGCAUUAUCUAGAUCAGGGGUGGGGAACUUUUGGCCCUCCAGAUGUUGGACUACAGCCCCAUCCUCUCUGACCAUUAGCCAUGCUGGCUGGGGCAGGUGGGAGUUGAGAGUCCAACAGGAUCUGGAGGCUCACAGGUUCCCCACCCCUAAUUUAGUUCUUUCUCAUGAGGAUGGGUGGCCUGGUCUAGUGUGACCUGCUGGCUAGUUGGAGUUCUAGGUUGGGAGAUGAAUCUAGCUCUUCCACCACGAGGGCAUUUGGCCAACAAUAUAAAGUCAUGAGAGCACUACUCCAGCCCUGUGGGAAGAGCAGUGCUUCUCAGUGUGCCCCACGUGAUCCAAAUGUCUCGAGAUCCCUUACUGAGAUCUGCAUGAAAUGUGACGUUUCUAACAUUCAUGGUAUGUGUUGUUUUCUCAUUGCUUCUAUGUAAUUUCUUUUAUCAUGUCAUAAUCCAAAACCUCUAUUUUUUUAAAGCAAAUGCAAAUAAUAAACUUAAAAGCACAUGAAUGCCAAAAAUGUGGUAUGGUGGUGACUGACUAAAUAGGAUUUAAGGCAUUAGGAGUGCAAUUCUGAUGCUUCUUCCUCUGCAAGCUUCACUGAAAUCAAGGGGGGAAUUGUGCAAAAGCACAACUGUGCUCUUGCACAGUUUCCAUUCAUUUCAUGUGUAAGGCAAUCCUUCCAGAGGAUAGUAGCCUAUGACGUUAGUGUGAAUGAGCUGCUUUUUUGUUUUUCAGUGAGGGUUGAUGACUACGUAUUUCUGAAUGUUUUAAGGCAACAGUUCUAGACCUGCUUGGUGCUGCUUGACUAAACCAUGUAAAUAACACAAAUAUAUAUUAACCUCUGUAAGAACAGAACUUGGUAACUUCAUUUAGUACUUGAAAUCACUGGGUUUGGUUUCAGGCAUAUAUUGAACCACUGUUGUAGGGUAACACUGUACAAGGUUGAAACCCGCUUACUUCAGACUAUUUUUUUUUACUUUAUUUUAACAAAAGCAUUGUGACUGCUCUAGAGUAAGUGGGUAGUACAUCACCAAUAUCUAAAGCUGAAGGGCUUUCAAAAUGUCCUUGACAGUGCGAGCAGCAGCUGUUUGUCCUGCCCGUUCUGCUCCUAUCACCAAAGUUGGAAAUAACUUAAGAAAUGUUGGGGGCUGCUCCUUCCCAAGCUGAAAAUGUUGGCCCGCCUGGAAACUGGAACAUCACUGCAUGGGAAGGCACCACAUUAUGCUCUGGCUUGAUCUGGAGCUUUUGCCAUUACUGGAGAGGCAUAGGGAGGCCCCGCUCGCUGUUGCAGCUUGAGAGCGGCUGCUAACGUCAGAAGAGGGUCCUGAGGCUGGAUUCAGAUUGUUCUUUUAACCACACAAUGAUUUCUGCUUAUGCCAUACAGUGUCAUCCAUAUGGAACUCUGUUCUUGGAAGAUGUCCAUGGGAAGCGCAGAAAUCAGGCUGCUUGUAAAGUUUUAGCGCUUGCUGGAUUUCUUCAGCUUGACACACUUGCAUGAGGACUAUAGUCACAUUCACCACUCCCCCAUUUGUUCAAUUAAUGUGUGUAGGAGGCGGAAUGACAACUUCUGGCCCUGGCCCUAACAUUCUACACUUUAGAGUGAUGUCUGCAGGUACCUGUUUCAGAUGUUGGUGUGAAUGCCUGGAUGACUAAAUGCCCAAGGUAGGCGCUGGGGCCAAGAUGUCCAGUCCUCCGCACCCCCUCAUGUUCACUGAAUACAUGGUGCAGGUGUGUGAAUUUGUAUUUUAAAAUACAAUCAUUUACCAUCACCAGUCUCCCAUCCACGAUUUCUCUUUCAGGAUUCUAAAGUGUUGUCAGCUUUUAAAGAAAACAGAAUUGUCCCAUAGGCCUAGCUGUUAAACUUGAAAAGCAGAUUAAAGCACAGCCUAAAAAAGAAGAAAUAGCCAAGCUAAUUGAUUGCAUUGGGUUCAGGUUUUAAAACACCAAUAGGAAUAUUUGCACUGACGUAUAGUCACUUGUAGGCCUUUGAAAUGUAAGACUUCAACAGUUUUUGUUAGAAAAUAUUCUGCCUAAUUAUUCCAUCAAGGCGAAUCAUAUAAAAAUGUUAAGCUGUUUUAAUGUAAAAGUGUAACCCUUUGGGUUCUUUUGGUGUAUUUUUUUUUAGCAUUUGUAUUGAAAUAAGACUGUAUUUAAGCCAUUGAAUGCAGGAGAGGAGCUGAACCUGCUAGCUAUGUUUGCACUGUUAAGAAAGAUGUUUUUAAAAUGCUGCUAAAAAAAAGUGAAAUGUCUCCUGGUAACUUCGGAUGUGCUCUUACUGCUUUACAAUCUGUUUCUUUGUGUUCAGGAUACCAUUGGAAAGGGGUCUCAGAGUGAUUUUCAGUAACACUGUUAGAAUAUUACAACAAAUGGCUGAAAACACACACUUCCAAGUGUAUAACACCCCCCUCUCCAUCCCAGCCAUAGACAUGGUUGUGGUAAAUACAUAUAUGAAGCAAUGCCAAUAGUAAAACCAUUCACAAAGCAUAAGUAAAAGUGAAGGUUUAGGUGGGACUGCACCUUCAAUAGCAAAUUCUGAAUGUGCUGGAUUUUUUUUAAAAAAAAAAUAAGCUAGAGUGAUUUUACUGCUUUAGCUUGUUUUUCACUACAUGCCAGAAAUAUAUAUAUAUAAUCUAUUCCCCCUUCAUUCAGUUUAAGCAAAUAUCUUCCUUUAAUUUGUCCUUCUCUUGGGUAAGACUUCUGCCUUGUUUAGCAAAACUGUAGAAAAUAGUGUGUAUAUACUGUAAAUGUUUGAGCAUUCAAAUAUGUUUUAGCUGACUGUUUUGUAGAGCUGGACUGGGGAUAAUAAAGCUCUGAUCAAAAUCUUAA